CACGCCUCAGUUGAUAUCCGAGCACCACACUUGAUAUACAUAAGUGACAAGAGUCAUAUUUUCCAGCUUUUUGCAACAAAAAAACCAUGGAUACCAUUGCCUUGGUGCCCAGUGUCGGGCCCGACUCGGUUCGUGCGAUCUGUCCAUCCUGUAACGCCGAAGUGAUGACCAAAACGGAGCAUCGCUCCAACACCCUGACACAUAUCUAUGCCCUAAUGCUGUGCGUGUGCUUGUGUUGGCCGUGCGCGUGCAUGCCCUACUGUUGCGCUUCCUGCCGCGACACCGUGCACAAGUGUCCUUCCUGCAACGCCUACAUCGGAGUUUACAAACGCUGAGUUUAGAAACCAGUAUUCAAACAAACGGCUCCAGCGAAAGCAGUGUGUAAAAUCUAACAAAACCCAGUGUGUUUUUAUCGGACUACAAACUGGAGCUUG